AUGUGGAAAGGAUACGGUAGAUCCUGGAUAUCCCUCGGCACAUUCCGAUUCUUGUAUCUACUCGGUGCUGUACUCGAUGGUUGCUUUGGGGUCUACGAGAAAGACUUGGUCGCUCAUCUCCUCGCCGGCUACAAUAAGUUAACUCGUCCCGUUCGCGACUACAAUUCCCGUCUAAAUAUCACUGUUCAACCGCAAGUCUACAGUUUGAUCGAAGUGAACGAGUUGAGCGAGCAGAUCAAGUUGUUGCUGUGGUUUCCGCAGAGCUGGAAAGACGAGUUCCUCACGUGGAACGCGUCGGAGUGGGGCGGAAUUCAGAUGAUAAAUGUGCCGGCGAAUCAGGUCUGGCUGCCCGAUGGAUACAUUUUCAACACGGUUGAUGUGAAAGAGCCGCUCGCGCUUUUCAACGUCCGAGUCAGUCAUGAGGGAAUUGUAGAAGCCGAUUUCAAUAAGUUGAUCGAUAUCGGUUGCUCAAUGUCGAUCCUCAAUUUCCCAUUCGACACCCAGCUGUGCUCACUGCAAUUCGGCUCGUGGAGCUAUCAGUAUCACCAAAUCUCGCAUAUCAUUCGCGAGGUGCACGUGCCGACGAAUGCCCACAACUCCGAGUGGGAAAUUCUCAACUUUACCGCCGAGAAAGUCGUCAAAUCUUACGAGGGAGCAAACGGCCACGUGAACACCUACGAGGAAGUGUUUUAUCAUUUGAAAAUCAAACGCAAACCGCUCAACUACAUCGUGGUGAUUCUAAUUCCGACAUUUCUCAUCGUAAACGUCUCGAUUGUUGGCUUAUUCACACCGCAUGGAAUUCUCGGCGAUCGACAGGAAAAGGUUUCCCUCGGAUUGACAACGUUGCUCACUAUGGCCGUUAUCCUCGACAUGGUCUCAUCGGAGAUGCCGAAGAGUAGCGAGGGUGUUCCGUUGUUAGGCCGCUACGUGUUGAUCCAAACGGCGAUCUCGAUUCUCGCCAUCGCCGUCUCGGUGAUCAACAUUUUCAUCCACGAACGUGUGCUCUAUUUGAACACACCGGUGCCUCGAUGGAUUCUCAACAUUUUCAGAGAGGAGAAGGACUAUUACGAGGUUCCUCAAUGUCUCAAAUUCGAUUUCGACAUCAACCAUUCAGAUGACUCGCUUUAUUCGUUGAAUUGCAAAAAUGAAGUCGUUAGGGAGAUACGGAGUUGUAUCGGAUUGAUCAGAGCCCAGCUGGCAUCAAUUGACGCGGAUAAAGAGAUCCGAACCCUGUGGCAGCGUUUCUUUUCGAUGGCCGACGUCACAGCGAUGUCCUGUUUCUUGAUCCUCAACUUGUGCACAACGGUGCUCAUGUUCUGGUCGGCUUUCCAUCAAGAAUUCCUGGCUGGAGUGCCG